AUGGAACAACAAGUGAGAGAUGCUAUCGUUGGUGGCACGUGGCUCACAUUAUCUGCAUAUUCGCUUGUUGCAAACUUGCUACUUCUGUUUUUAAUUUGCAACAGCGGCGAACUUCGCAAGUUUACAAGCUAUUGGAUUAUCGCCUCCUUCUCUCUGUGUGACGCUGGCAUGACGAUAAUAUCCCUGUGCCAUUUUAUUCCGUCAAUUUUAGCACGCAGCGGUAAUUCCCGCCCUGAAGCCGUUCUUGACUAUUUCAUGCUAUUUUACAACCUUUUUUGGUAUACAGAAAUUGUGCAUAUUGCAUUGAUGGCAUUCAACAGAUUCAUUUGCAUCGUCUAUCCAGUGUAUCAUACAGCUUUCUUCUCUGCCGCUAGAACAUCACUUUUACUAUGUCUAAGCUACGUUUUGGGAUUUGCCAUAACGCUACCCACACUUUUUCCAAAGUGCUAUCUGCUGUGGAAUAGCCAGUAUUACAUACCCAUGUAUGCCGUCGAAGAUACUUGGUACAGAUACAUGGAUUUGGGAGUAAACGCUACAGUCGUAGCGCUCACCGUUGCUUUCUACGGUGGCAUCCUUUAUGAAGUACGGAACGUUGCUAGAAAAUCACAGCAGUCUGCAUUCGGCACUGGAAACAUCAAUCAGAGGAACUACAGAAUGGAAAUCCGUCUACUUGCACAGUUUUUCGCUACUUCCUUGGUAUAUGUGCUUACUUGGACAUGCUGGCUGUGGAUGCCCAAUAUAACAUUUUCACAGUGGAUUGGUUUUUCCAUGACGUCUCUGUUCUUCAUAAACACUUCAGUUAAUCCUACAAUCUAUCUCAUAUUCAACAAAAGUUUGCGGCAAAAAUUCUAUCACGUAGUGUGUCGAAAAAGCAAAGAUGCAACCACUCCCUUCAUGACCGUAAAAACUAAUGAGGAGAGGGAGAGUUGA